AUGAACUCUCUGUUUCGCUUAAGUAUGCUUAUAAGAAAAUUAUCGCCACGCGACCGAUUUAAGCAAGCCCUUCUGGCUUCUGAUCUUCCAUUCUCAGAUUCUCACGACAUUGAUUACGUGAGAAACAAAUACUCUAAGCUAGCUAAUAGUCCGCUAUCUAUGAGACUUGGUAGUGGGAUCGCCAAAAGAAGAAAUUUUAUUAAGUACUGCAGAGAUCACCGAUCUCGACUGGGGAUGGAUGAAGCCAAUAUUUACGACGCCACGGAUACCGAGCUGCUAUCAAGUAAAGCUACGACAUUUGCUCCUCUACCAGCUUUCAAUUCAAGUUUACAAGAAGAAGAAGAAGACGAUAAUUUCUCUCUUGCUAGCGCUUCAACAAUGGCAACUUCUAUAUCAAAUCUAAAGUUACCAACUUUGGCAGACUUGGCUCCCACUGAUCAACCUUUUGAGUGUCCAAUAUGCUUUACUAUUCAGGCUUUCAGAAGCGAAAACUCAUGGAAGCUUCACGCAUUUCAUGAUUUGAAAGCAUAUGUGUGCACGCUAGGCGGAGAUGAAUGCGAUGCCGAAUUUUUCGAGGAUCGUGACUCUUGGUUUGAUCAUGAGCUAAGAAAACACAGAUCGCAAUACUCUUGCAUCUUGUGCCAAUCAGGAGGCUUUUCUCUUAUAGCCUUGCAAGCUCAUAUUCUUAAAGCCCAUGGAGAUUUCUCGGAUGCUCAGAUAGAAAUUCUCCAAGAAGAAGGAAGAGAAAACAUUACACAAUUUGAAGCUCAAAGUUGCCCAUUUUGCGAUGAUUGGGCCGAAAAACUGCUACAGAAGUCGGAAUCAGUAAUUCAUUCGUUUGGUUCAAUGCAAGGAAUACUUGUGAACCAUAACCGCUUCAAAAGACAUGUUGCCUCACAUCAAGAGCAGCUGGCAAUUUUCGCCGUACCACGAGCGAAAGAAGAUGAAGAUUUAUCAAACUCUGGUUCCAUUAUUGAUUCGGAUGCGACACCGACCGAUGUGGCAAUGGAUGAAGAUGAAAGGCAAGAUAGCGCCGUCGAUAGAGAGAAUGUUUUCGAACAGGAUACUAACGACGCCCCAUCUGACGUGCCAAUUAACCCUAGCACCACAAGCAAAGAUGAGGUAUUGAAUGAACAAGAAACCAAGAAUCUCACGGAAGUUGGAAAUAAAAAUAGCAAGGAGGCUCAAGCAGCUGCUACCGUUCAUUAUUCUUCAGAAGGGACUAUGAGAAGCCCAAACUCAGGUCGACCGAUAGCCAGAAAUCGAGAGACGCCAUCUAUCCCAUAUGGACCAAAUUUUGUAUUUCGGAGGCCGUGGCGAGGACAGGUUCAUACUUGGACAUGUUGCCGGUGUGGCACGGGUGGAAUGGUAUAUGACACUACAAGAACCUGUCUGGAGAUGUCAUGUCAGCACGGGCUCUGUCCCAAUUGUGCAUACUACACAGAAUAA